AUGUACACGGAAGGGACCGACACAUACGAGCUCACAGGUCUCUCUGGAGGUGGACAGCAGAUCGAUCGUUUGAAGAAAAAUUAUGCGAAAGCUGUCGAACUUCUAGUUGAACUCGCCUCUCUGCAAACGUCUUUCAUUACUCUUGACCAUGUCAUAAAGGCCACUAAUCGCCGCGUCAAUGCCAUCGAGUUUGUAAUCAUCCCGAGGAUCGAUCGUACUCUGCAAUACAUAACGCAGGAGAUGGAUGAACGGGAACGUGAGGAAUUUUUCAGAUUAAAAAAGGUUCAAGAGAAGAAGAAACACAGAGCUGCGUUGAAAGAAUUGGAAUUGAAGUCUCAAGGUUUUCAGCUUGACUCAACCGACCAGGCACCCAACAUCCUGUCUGCGGACAAUGAUGAGGACCAAAUAUUGUUCUAA